AUGGCCGCUUCAGUUCAAGUACCUGUUCGCAAGAAAGGACAGAGCACGUGCAUUCAUCAUAAAGGGAAAAUCGUAGAGUUCUUGUGUGAUAAUUGCAGUGAACUUGCGUGUAUGAAAUGUGUUGCUACUCGUCACAAGGGACACGAGUUGACUGAGGUAAAUGAUAUAGCCGAAAAGCAGAAAUUAGAAAUGAUCGAAUUUAUCGAUGAAGUUGAAAAUACCAAACUGCCCAAUAUCAAAGAAGAAAUUUGCUCAAUAGAAAAACAAAUGGCGGAAACUUCGACGUACUUUGACACGCUCAAGACAAAGGUUCAAGAACAAGGGAUCAAGCUGAAGCAGGAAGUUGACGUUUUGAUCGCUGAAUCUUUGUCGCAGUAUCGAAAUAUAAAGGAAGACAACAUCCGCCUAAUGACAGACUACAAGAAACGUCUAGAAGACAGUCACGAGGGACUCAUUAAACAACUUCACGACUGCAAAACACAGCUUCAAGACACAUCUGUACUUGCAUUAUAUGACACUGGACAGACAUUCCGAAGCCUCGCUUUGAACCUACCUGAAAGCCCUAGUUUGAAUACUGCAGUCUUUGAAGCACCGACAAACUACCGCUGUUAUCUAGAACAAGCGUUAGGGACUCUUGUCCCCAACGACCCGUCGUCUACCGAUGAAGCAGAGUCUAAAGCGCAGCUACCACCACCAGUGCAGGAGCCAACGUCUGCACGACCAAAGUCAGGGGCGUCAGCUAUAAAGCGACCUGCCUCGAAGUACACGCUCCUAUCCCAAACCAAUAUCAUGGGCAAAUUUCACACAAAACGAAUAGGCAAUAAGAUAUGUCCCAACGGUAGCGACGAAAUUUGGAUUUCAUAUGCGGACAUUCUGGAACUGCUCAACAAGAAAGGUAUUGUACGGAGGCAGUUCAAGUUCACCGUGAGAAUCACAGAUAUCAGCAUAUCACCCAGAACAAGGAACAUUUGGGUGUGCUCUGACGCCGAUUCAAGCAUCAUGGAGUAUACACAGGGGACGCCCAAUCUGCGAUUCCACUGCAAGAACAAGCCCAUAUGCCUGUGUGUUACCAUAGGGAAUCAAAUCCUGGUAGGAAUGUCGCAAAGGGUGACCAAAUUCUCCCAGCAAGGAAAAAAUCUCCUUAGUACGAAAACGCAGACACCUGGACAAUCCAUGGUUCGUUUGCCACAGAAAAUAGCAGAAUGUCGGCUGACACAGAACGUGGCUGUGGUAGAAAGGCAGAGCUAUGACGAUAAUAGUAAAUUGCAAGUUCUUGUCAUGGACAAAGAGUUUGGAGAGUUGUUCCGAUACAAAGGAGAUGGCCAACCAGCAGCAGGAGCUGUAUUUGACCCCUGGGAUGUGACCUUUGACAUUGCUGGUAAUCUUCUCAUUGCCGACUGUAACAAUCACAGCGUCCUUCUCGUCAGUUCUGGUGGGGAGUUCAUCAGGACGGUGUUCACUGACGAGCUAAGUGCACAGGCAAUUGGCCUGGACAAGAACCAUGUCCUCUGGGCGGUGAAUGGUGACGAAGUCAAACGUCUACAGUAUUACAGUGCGUGA